AUGGUCCACAGCAGACAUGUCGUGCUUCUGCCUGUUCCCUCUACCAUCUCCAUCCCUGCUUACCUCUGCUAUUUCCAUCAUGUUUCUUUACAUUUGCUGCUGAUCCUCUGUUGCCUUCGCCCACACAUAUUGGGCAUGUUUGCACACACUCAGUAUUGUAAAAACAAAACAGUGGAAUUUUGGGUUGCAGCAGGAACGGUGCAAGCCAGUCAUGGUGCAAGAUCGGCAUUCCUGACAAUUAGCCCCAACCUUUCCCAACUUGUAGCCGGGAAAACCUGUUGCUUUCUCAUCUUGAGGAAGGUAUAA